CAAUGUUAGCCAAUAAUAUCGUGUAUUCAUACGCGUGCUGCAACCGGUACUCUUACGCCAUUUUGUUAUAAGGUUGUAUAUGUCUGUUAGCAACUAGUUGACUUAAUAAUCGUCGAUCAUCUGAGUGGAGCAACCUUUGGCUAACAAUUUAUUACCUUUUUUCGAAAGAAAGAUCCUUAGUGGAAUGGCCGAUGAUAAACUGAACAUUGACAGUAUUAUAGCAAGAUUACUAGAAGGACCUGACUGGGAAGAAAGACAUAACUUGCUGUCCAAGGUACUGAAAGUUCGAGGAUCAAGACCUGGGAAAAAUGUUAAUUUGACAGAAACUGAAAUAAGAGGACUAUGUUUAAAGUCUCGGGAAAUUUUUCUCAGUCAGCCAAUCUUAUUAGAACUCGAGGCACCAUUGAAGAUCUGUGGUGAUAUUCAUGGCCAAUACUAUGAUUUAUUGCGGCUUUUUGAAUAUGGUGGCUUCCCACCUGAAAGCAACUACUUGUUUCUUGGUGACUAUGUUGACAGAGGAAAACAGUCAUUAGAAACUAUUUGUUUGCUGUUAGCCUAUAAAAUAAAAUACCCUGAAAAUUUCUUUCUUCUACGUGGAAACCAUGAGUGUGCAAGCAUCAAUCGGAUAUACGGCUUCUAUGAUGAAUGUAAGCGGCGGUACCAUAUAAAAUUGUGGAAAACUUUCACAGAUUGUUUUAACUGCUUGCCGAUUGCUGCUAUAAUUGAUGAAAAAAUUUUCUGUUGUCAUGGUGGUUUGAGUCCUGAUUUACAGUCUAUGGAACAAAUCAGAAGAAUCAUGCGCCCAACUGAUGUUCCUGACCAAGGUUUGCUGUGUGAUCUUCUCUGGUCAGACCCUGACAAGGAAACAAUGGGCUGGGGUGAGAAUGAUCGGGGUGUAUCGUUCACAUUUGGUGCUGAGGUUGUAGCGAAAUUCUUACACAAGCAUGACUUAGAUCUUAUUUGUCGGGCUCACCAGGUGGUAGAAGAUGGAUAUGAAUUUUUCGCUAAAAGACAACUUGUCACACUUUUCUCAGCUCCUAAUUAUUGUGGAGAAUUUGACAAUGCAGGAGCCAUGAUGAGUGUAGACGAGACUUUGAUGUGCUCAUUCCAGAUAUUAAAACCAGCUGAUAAAAAGAAAUUUUUAUAUGGAGGCUUGAAUUCCGGUCGACCUGUCACUCCACCCCGAGGGACUGUGAAAGGCAAAGGGAAAAUCUAAUCACUACUUUCACCACCACCACCACCGUCACCACCACCACCACCACCACCACCACCAAACCUAUAUUAAAAACUCAAGUGACAACUGCUUUUAGCCUUGCUAUCAGAAGAUUGACCCAACGUCUCCAACCAAUUCACCUUGUCAAUGACAACUUGAUUUUUUAAUUCAAUAGGCUUUUUCUAAAUUAUUUUCUCUAGAUUUUCUCUUGAAUUUGUUUCCCCCUCUGCAUCAUUUUGUCUUUUGAGAAAAAUAAAAGAAAUAAUUGCA